GGAGGUCAUGUGACUAGAAUAAUCAGGAAUCGUGACACUGUGACUUUGAGCUGGGUUCACACGUAGGCAACAGAAAAGGUUUGGUACGCAGUUAAAACUCGAGUCCACCAGUUGUGUGGGUGCCUGCCAGGGUUCUAGAUGGAACAGAACGGGAACCAGAACCUGCCUCCCACUACACUCUGUCGCACAGGCUGUGGUUUCUAUGGCAAUGCUGCUUUCGAUGGCAUGUGCUCCAAGUGCUACAAAGAUGCACUAAAGCGAAAACAGAACUCCUCCUCGCCUGUGAGUAGCGGUCGAGUCAGCCCCACAGGUGAGACCAACGACGUCUCCAGCAUGUCUGCCACAUUGGCUCAGACAUCUCUAGGUACAACAUCACCAGAUCCUCCAUCUUCCACGUCGCCACCCCCUGGCAGCACGCCCAGCACUACCAACACCACACCUAGCGUGGAGACGGCCACGCCCACUGUGCCUGUAGCCAGCGCCAGUCAGGAAAAGCAAGACACGGAGAAGACAGAAGAAGGAGCCACUGGGGGGGCCGAGGUGUCAGAUGACGGGAAGUCUGAAGAGAAAGACAAGAAGCCUAAGAAAAACAGAUGUCAUACUUGUAAGAAGAAGGUUGGACUAACAGGCUUUAUGUGUCGCUGUGGGGGGCUCUACUGCAGUCUACACCGAUAUUCAGACAAACACGACUGCAGUUUCGAUUACAAAGAAUUAGCACAACAGCAGAUCCGGAAGAAUAACCCAGUGGUCGUAGGCAAGAAGAUUCAGAAGAUAUAAGGGGCUGCCAAUAAGGAUAGUGAAGAGCAUUGGGAUUAGAAAAGUGGGAGUUUUUAAAAAAAUAUCAACAAUUACCAACACGAUUGAGUUCUACCACUAUCACUGCACUUGGUGACCUGGUAAACUCUGAUACAAUGAAACCCUCCUGUUAUUUUGCCUGUUAGUGCAACAAGCAUUGGUGCGUUUUUUUGUGCACACUUUCAGUGCAUUAUCUCAGUGCAGCCAGAAAAGACUGAAGGGCAUUAUGGGAUUUGCACCAACGGAUGAGUUUGCGACAAGUGGAUAUGGAUUGGUGGUUAAUUCCGAGCUUCAUCAUGGCUGAUUAUAAUAUGUUGAUCAUGAUACAGAUUUUCUUUCCUUAUUAUUAUUAUUUACAAUUGUGUGUAAUUUGAACUUAUGGUACACUACAUAUAUGUGCGUAUGUAAGUUUGUAUGUACGUUCGUUUCCGAAUCUUGGGCUUUUUCUAUUACCCCGGAUGCUCCUCAAUGUUUGUUUGUUUAUGGUGUUAUGACAAUGUACCCUCCAACUGACACAUUGAGCGCGCCUGUUAGUUGCAAUUAAGCGAGUGCUGUGGAUAUGUCUAUUAACAAUCACCUGAAUAGGAGCUUUACUUCGCCACUUUUGUAUGCUUAAAUAACCACAGUGAUUAUCCUAGGUUGAAGUCGUGGCAGAACGUGUAACACGAUUAAGCAGUAUUACCACAGGGAUAUAUACUGACCAGAGAUCAUACUUAACACUAGUGCCCACCUGAAAGUGUUGUACCACGUUUAAGGCAGCAGGGCCCCGAUCCUCAAAGCAAUCCUAGUGCUACGACAGUCAUAAGUCUAUGUUAUAGUAGGGGAGUUACAAUCAUCUUAGCGCUAUGAUUGCUUUGAGGAUUGGGGGCCCAGGUUUGCAAAGAAUAUACUGAACUAAAAAUCUUUGGGAUUUGGGAGAUGUUUUUAGGUAAUUGUGUCAUUUCAAACAUAUCCCCCAAUGUUUUCUGAUCCCUAAUGUUUUUGUUCAGUAUGUCAGGGUUUUAACUUCAGUUGUACUGUACAGGCGUGUGAUAUUCUUGGGGUAAGUUUGAUCUCUGUGCUUUGUGGUUUUUAUUAAAUAUGCCUAGGAUACGCAUUGUUUCCAGUAUAAGCGCGUAUUUAUCAAAUUUUUUAGGACUUUUUGAUUGUGUAUUAAUUGAUUACCUCCACAAUUCUGCUUUGUAAAUUGACAACUAGCCAAAUGUCACCUCAAUCACGUAUUCUAGUGAUUGAAGCCUUUAUGCUGAUGGUGGAGUAUUGAACCUAUAUUUGUUAUUGUGUUCUGGGUUUUAGUUUGGUUCAAGGUAGAGGUACAUAUUGAUGAUUUGCUACCAUUUUGAAGUCUAAAAUGUAUAUUAGCUAUAUAAUUGAUUUGAAACCAGAAUAUGUAUCCUCUAGUCUUAAUGAUGAUUGCUUUUGAUUAUAAACCGUAUCAGUAACUGUUGCCAUGGUAACUUACCCUGGUUACGCUUUACCUCAUUUCGUGGGACAAUUCUGAGCCCUUGGCAAAAUAACCUUAGCUCUGGGACCUUAUAUUUCAUAAAUCAAUUAUCAGGACUAUUAUUAUCCCAGUGUUUCGGUUAUUUUGUAAGGGGCUGCCACUUCAUUGCGUUUCAAGUCACUUAGAAUCCGGUUUAUGGACUGUAAGCUCCUUACCUCCAACUCUCCACUCUACGGCAGUGUGUAUCUUGAUUACCACAUCCUUUCACAAUGUACAGAUUUCAGCCACUGGAUUUCUUGAGCAUGAAAUAUUAUUUUCUUCUAUGCAGAAUAGUUAGAAAGUUCUGUUCAAUAUUUGCCAUGAAUACGGUAUAUGUAAUAAUGCGUCAGAAAUUUGAAAAAAAAUAUUAAUAUAUAAUAAAAAAAAAUUGUCAGUGCUUUCUUCAUAAAGCAAGAAGCAUUUAUGAGUAUUAAAACAUGAAAUAUA